AUGUCUCGGUGCUCCUGCCAGCUACUCGUCGUGCGCCUCUCCCGCCCCGUCUACAUGGUCUUCGUGCGCCGGGGCGCCUCCGCACCCGGCCAGGUCAUGCGUGCAGAGUGCGCUGGGCGUGUAGAUGCACUCGACGCCGUCGCCCACGCCGUCGGGUGUGAUCGCGUGCCGGGACCCCCCGGCGGCGUCCGCAAGGUCCCACUGUGCGGCGUGCUUGUGCUCGUGCUCGGGUUCGGGUUCGCAGAGACGGGGGCCGUCGUGAUCACGGUGCUCACGCACCCCUUGGAGCGCGCGGGGGUGCUCGCGGUCGUAGCGCUCGAGGCGGCAGCGCGCGGCCUUGUCGCGGAGCGCAAGCGUGGCGGCAGGCGACGCGGAUCCGCCGGAGGAGGGCGUGGAGAUCGCUGGGCACCGGGCGGGCGACGAGGAGGCAGAGCGCGCCGCCGAACUGGGGGCGGCUCAGCUGGAGGCGUAAGGCGGGGCGACGCGGGCGAUGUGGGCGACGCGGGUGAUGUGGGCGACGCGGGCGAUAUAGGCGACGUGGGCGAGGUCGUCGAGGUGGGGCGAUGUGUGACAUAG